GCGCGCCUCUGUAGCGCUCGUGGGGCUGUCAUACUUGUCCCCCUGACUGUCAGUGAAAUUUAUUAGCAGCUUAUCUGGCAAAAGAAAUUCGCAACGAGCAUAUGGAGGGACAGUUACUGUGGGUGCUGUGCGGGGGAAAGCGCCGAGGAACCAUACUUUUCUGAGUCUUCAAGACACCUUUUCACAGCGUUGUGAUGGUGGAAUAGGACGAUCAUGUGGUGUUGGAGAAGAAGGAGGCACAGGUAUCGGAAUGCCACAGGCUGUCUCACUGCUGUCCUUCCUGCUAGUGCUCAUUGGAUAUGCUUUUGCAGGGCUCAAUAUCUGGCCCUCCUUGCAUUCUGCCCUAAGCAACAGCAGCAUAUUUGUGGACUUCAGCAUAAAAUCCAACAGCAGCACCAUCCGGAGCAGGAGCCUAUCUCUCGUCAACACGGAAAGCAACACCACUGUUCUGACCAAGACUCUCCACAACAAUCAACCGGCUGGCAGGGUGGAGUUCAACUGCUCCUGCUUCCCGUACGCAGGAACUUUCCGGUUCCUGCUGAGACAAACCAGCAUCUCCACUGUUUUCCCUACUAAUAGCACAGAGGGCAGUAGCAUAGAGAGCACUACCUGGUGGUGGAGUUCAGAACUACAAGUCCAUUGGCCAACCUUUCAUAUUUCGGUGGAGAGAGCUGGGAACCACUCGGGAUCCUUUCAGGUUGGGAUAUCCACUAAUGAACACUUUCAGGCUUGUUCCAGCGGCAUUGAUUCUGCUCUCUCACUAGAAGUCAGCUACAUGGAGUACAACCAAAUAGGUCAUAAGAGCAUCAACAAGGUCCGAGCCCUCACGCGAAUCCCAAUCAAACCCCUCCGUUCUCAGAGUGUUGAACUGUCCUGUGCCUUCCCAUUCACAGACAGAGAUUUCAUAAGAGUUGCUCUACGGUCUCCUCACACAGCACAGGAGGUGAAGAGCUCUGGACCGCUCUACCUGUCCCGUUUCUUCUCCUAUAAGCUGCUAGUGGAAAAUGCCAAUGCUUACAAGAGUGGCUGUGAGGGCACUAUGACUGUUAAAUUGAUCACCCCACCCUGUGCUCACAUCAAUGGGAAAGUAUUACUGUAUAGCGAUGCUGCUUCAUCUGCAGAGGAGCCCACUUCUCCCCCAUUGGCCUUUAACUGGCUGACUCAGGGAGAGAAUGAAACGGAAUUCAACUGCUCCGUGUUUUACCCGGGAAGGAAUAAGUACUGCUUUCGCUUUGUUUUCAACUACAGCCGCUCGCCCAGUCCAGCACAGACGUGCCUGGUGGCUUACAAAAGUGCAGAGUCAUGGGGGCCAUGGCAGCCGUGGAGUGUGUGCAGCGUGAGCUGUGGAGAAGGGGUGAGGGAACGAGUGCGUGAGUGUUUACUGCCCUCAGGUGUGCGAGGGAUGCAGUGCACUGGCAUGAUCAAGGAGCAGUCCCUGUGUUCAUUAGAGGAUUGUGUCGUGGUACCAGCUCCUUCUCCAUCUCUCACACCUGCACCUGGAGUUGCACCCUUGGGUGGUAACAUGAUUGUGGUAGUUGGUAUCUCCCUUUGCCUGGCUGUGAUUAUGGCUACUGUUGUGGUGACGGUGUGGAGAAAAUUUUGCCAGAGCCCUCAGUGCAGCUCUGUCCGGAGAAGCUCCAUGCAUUCUCCUGGAGGGCGCAAGCUCUCAGAUGAGGCCUCCAUCUGUGGGCACAGCCUACAAAGACCCAGCCUGUCUGAUGUUCACAGCCCUUCAGGGGGCGUGGGUGUGGCCGCAGCCCAAAAAGAUGGGGCUUUCUUGGGAAGUCAACCUCUCUCACAGACCGUGGUGAUACCACUCCCACAGGACCCAGAAAGACUAUCUCCCACUGGCCAGAAGGUGUUUCCACCAAUAUUUGGGUACAAAUUGGCACAACAACAGUUGAAAGAGAUGAAGAAGAAGGGCUUAAAGGAGGCUACACAGCUGUACCAUGUUUCUUCCAGCCCUGUCCAUGACACUGUUGUAGACACAUCUGCUUCACCCACCAUCUCUCCCAUUCCUACACCGAUUGGAUUUGCUCAUUCUGCCUCCCCUUUAGGUCUACAGGGUGAUUCUAAACUCAAGAAUUUUCACAUUGCAGCUCCCUUUUCUGAACCACCACCACAAACUUUUAGGGCCACACCGGACAGACUGAGUCCUAGAGUGGAACUGAUCAUAGGUCCUCCUGUUGCUGCUCACGCAAGUAGGACCAGCUCCAAGUGGCAUGACCGCACUGCUGACUGGGUAGAGAUGGUAGAGAGGAGUGGGCUAACAGGUUUCAGAGAAGGACAUGCAGCAGUGGGAAACUCUUAUCAUAAGAAUCCAAAUUUCCGCCGGACUUCCAGUUUUAAUGAUGCCAAACCUCAGCUACCGUCUUUCUCACAGUCCAGACAGUUCAGAGAAAGAAGCCUGACCCAGGUGGGAUCUCGGACUCUUCCCGAAGGAAGCUGUUGGAGCAAAGGAGGGUGGGAGAGACAGCCAUAUCGCUCUUAUCCAAUUCCAGAGCAUGGAGCUUCAGAGUGGGCUAGAUCCAGACUACAGAAAAGUGACCAGAGGAAGCCCUGGACAGAGAAACCAGUGCUUUCGCACAUUAAUGAAAUCAAACAUGCAGGAACCAACACAAACACAAUUUCAGCAUCUGGGACACAAGGUAAAUCUGACUUUAAUAGCAAAGCAGAGAGGAGAAAGAACAGUGACCAAGUUUCAGGGAUCGGGGGUCCCGCCGCAGCACCUGUUAGUUCUCAGGGAGUGAACCAGUUGAGUUUGGAUCGGGCUGAACAGAACUGGAACCGUCGCGGCCCCUCACCAAUUCAGAGGAACAUCCUGGCCCGGAAAUUAAAGGAGGCUCAGUCCAACUCUGCAGCCAAGGGGCGCAAGCGCAGCUCCAGCUUUACUGCUUCAUCCUCAGACCAGAGGAAAGGUCGCUGCCACUCUCUGCCCGUGACUGAGGAGUACACCAGCAGUGAUGGCUCUCCCUACAAGCUGAGCGAGGCAGAACAAAAGAUGCUGGAUCUAGAUCUGUCCUCGUCACAUGUAUGGGAGGAGGAGUAGAUCACAAACUACAGCUGAGAAAAACUGCCACUGAAAAUCACAUUUAUUCUUUACCCUUCACCCUACAUCUCUGUACCCACCUAUGUAUUGUAAUGUUACAGAUUUAUCUCUAUAUGUUUUUAUCUUUUAAAGUUCUUAUUUUUGACUUUAGUUUUGAAUUUUUUAAGGUUUUGUAAUAUUGUUACUGACUUUGUGAACUGGUAAAGUUUUAUUUAAUUCACUGUAUGCCAUUGCUGAGAUUUUUAACACACUUUGGAAAUACAUUUCUCCUCUGUACUUCAACAGCUGGUACAAUAAACCUGUCACAUUUUCUAAAUGCA